AUGGCGGAAGUCGUCUUCGCAAGACAGUUCCUGGCGACUUUGGAGUCGCGCCCAGCCAAGCUGUCGGCCGACCAUGUGGAAGACCCCAAGAACUUCCCUGCUCGCCCUCCCUACAUUCUGCCCAAGAUGCCCAAGCCCAUGAGUAAGCCCACGAACCUCGCGCCGGGCCAGGAACGCAGCAUCAACGUCGUCAUCAAGUCCCUGCGCAACCCACCCCUGGACAUCAAGCUGUCCUCCCAGAGCCUGAACACCUCGAUCCUCGAUAUCAAGACGGCGGUCGAGGCGCAGUCGCGGAUACCUGUGGACAAGGUGAAACUUUUGUACAACAAGAAGCCUGUGUCUGACAGCAAGGUGUUGAAGGAUUUGCUCACGGAUGAUCAGUCGUCGCUGGAGUUCUCUGUUAUGGUCAUUGGCGGAGCUGCGGCAGUCAAGCCCGAGCCUGCUCCCGUUGGGGUCGGCUCUGGUCAGCAGGAAUACAUUGGCGAGGCCGCGCUGGAUACGCCGGAAUUCUGGAAUGAUCUGAAGGGCUUCUUGAUGCAGAGGCUCAAGCACGAACAGAAGGCGGAGGAGCUGUCGGCGCAGUGGCGCUCGGCCUGGCAGGCGCAGAAGUCAUGA